AUGACUAGCAUUGGAAACCAGAUAUCGGUAGAGAAUCUUUCCAAGCAGCCUUUUGAUCAGAAUGGUAGACAAGAAAUACAAAGGCAUCUGCUAUCAUCGUCGUCUAAGAGUAAGAGCAUUGCCAAUGACGGGAAAGAUGACCUAGAAACGUUAUUAAACGCGUCUCUACAAUCUUCAGUACCAGUGCCAGGCGCCGGAACUAUUGGCGCCAGUGCUGCUAUUGCAUCUGCAUCUGCUGCUGCUGUUUCACCACCAUCACAAAUCGUCCCAAUUGAGCCCCCCAAGACCUCUACAGGGAAGCGGAAAUAUCAUCAGAAAUCUCGACACGGAUGCUCAACGUGUAAGCGAAGAAGAGUGAAAUGCGAUGAACAGAAACCAAUUUGCGGGAAUUGCAUCAAACUAAAACUAGAUUGUGGAUAUCUAAAGCUAGAAGAAGUAACUGCUGCUUCUACUGCUUCUGCUGGAAGCAAUGACUUAGAGCCAGCAUUGAAAAAGGCAAAGAAAGAAAAGAAACUAAAAGAGGUUUCCAAAAAGCUUUCAACAAAGAAAAGGUCAAAGAAAGAAACGAUGCAGAGUGCAACUGCCAUUGCAGAGCAAUCAUCGGCCAUUUCAUCACGAUGUAGCAGCGUCAAUGAUAUUCAAAAUGAUCUAGAAUCAGCAUCUUCGCUUCAACAACAAGCCACACCUUCCCUUACGCCAAGUCCAAGUCUCACCCAAACCACCAAUAACUUUAUUGACAAAAUUGCUUCACAAGUGGUUGGAAAUCGUAUUUCCCAAUCACAUAAUAAUCCACUAAGUGCACUUUCUUCAGGCUUGCUCAGUGCAGGAAAUUUAAACAAUUUAAAUAUUGCCCAUUUGGUCAAUAACAUUUCGGGAUUAGGCGGAGAUGUAGGUGGCAAUUUGAGUAGUUUAAUGAAUUUGGGUAAUUUAUCAAGUCUAUCAAACUUGGCUACAUUAGCUCAGCUACCCAUUGAUUUAAACUGUUUAGGUGGGUUGAGCGGUGGUAGUAGUAGUAGUGGUGGUGGUGGUAGUACUAGUGUAACGGGGAUGAUGGAGAGCUUAUCGGCGAAUCUUUUGAACAGUGCAGGAUCCGGUGCAAGCCCUUUGGCAAAUAUAUUGGGUGUUAGCCAGAACCAGGCAAUCAUGGGCCAGCAGCAGCAGCAGCAGCAACAACAACAACAGGCACAGCAGGCACAGCAGACACAACAGGCGCAACAGGCGCAACAACAACAGACUAACGCUUUACAUGAAGCAAUAGACUCGCAAAUGAGUUACCGUUCUACCAAUGCCGCUGCGAGCUCAGCAUUUACAAUUCCGGAAACCGAUGAAUCAUUGAAUCAACAAGAUUUACCUAACACUAUAUCCAACCUAAUGUCACUGCACCUACCAUCUUCCUCCGAACCAAUGACUAAUCCUCAUCCACCUCCACCUUUACCACUACAUCUAUCACAAACAAUGAACUCAAAUAAUCUAAACAUGUUAGAUUUGAAGCUUAUGUUUCAUUAUACUUCACAGGUUGCCAAUACCAUUACUGGAGCAGGCAUUUCAGAGACAAACAUAUGGUUACGAGAUAUACCGAUGUUGGCAUUUGAACAUCCCUUUUUAAUGCACUCGUUACUAGCGUUCAGCGCUACCCACUUAUCACGUACUGAAACUGGAUUAGAUCAGUGUGUUACUUCACAUCGUGGUGAUGCCCUACGGCUAUUGAGGGAGGCCGUAUUGAACAUUAAUGCAGAUAAUACCGACGCUUUAGUAGCAAGUGCAUUAAUUUUGAUUAUGGAUUCCUUGGCCAAUGCUUCGUUUCCUUCGAGUACUUCACCAAAAUCCUUGCCUGCCUCAGCAUGGAUAUUUCAUGUUAAAGGAGCAGCAACUAUAUUGACUGCAGUGUGGCCACUUACUGAGAGCAGUAGGUUUUACAAGUUCAUUAGUGUUGACUUGGGAGAUUUAGGUGAUAUAAUCAAUCAAAAGACCAACUUAAAUCAAGCUGGUUCAUCAUCAUCAUCAUCAUCAACAACAACAACAACAACAUCAACAACAACAACAUCAACAACAACAUCAACAUCAACAUCAACAUCGACGGAAUCUUCACAAAGAAUAUAUACCGACUUGGAGUGUCAUGAUGCAGAUAUCGCCGAUUUGUACCCUGUUGAAAUCACCUCGCCUUAUUUAAUAACUUUGGCGUAUUUGAAUAAACUACAUAAAGAAAGGUACAAAUCAGAUUUCAUUUUACGAAUAUUUGCGUUUCCUGCCUUGUUAGAUAAACAAUUUAUGUCAAUGUUGAUGUCGGGGGAUGUAAAAGCAAUGAGAAUAAUGAGGUCUUACUACAAGUUGCUUCGAGCAUUUACAAUGGAGAUGAAGGACAAAGUAUGGUUUUUAGAGGGCGUUGCACAAGUUUUGCCUUCCAAUGUCGAGGAAUACGCUGGCGGCGCUGGAGGUAUGCACAUGAUGAUGGAUUUUCUUGGAGGAGGCCCUGAUAUAGCUGAUGAUUAUGGUGAGGAAUUUCAAGAAGAGAUUGAGUUUAUGAGCAACACGAAAAAUGACGAUAACAACAACAUUGGUAAUAAUAAUAAUGUUAAUAAUAACAAGAACAAUAGUACUAAUGAUAAUACUACCAACAGUGAUAAUAAUAAUAAUAAUAACAACAACAACAACAACAAUAAUGACGAUGAUGAUAAGACGAAUAUGAGGAGUACAAGUACGCAAAUCAGCAAUAUGAUGAGUCCAACAGUUGCAUUAACAGAUACAAAUGACUUACCAAGUGAUAUUACGAGUGAGCUCGAUAUUAUGCAAAGCGACCAUGGAUUUAUAAGCUUAAAAUAA